AUGCUGGCAAGGAGGGCAGUCGUUGGCGGCGGCGUCGUCGGCCUCGCCAUCGCCCGCCAGCUCUCCCUCCAGCCGGGCUCCUCCACCGUGCUCAUCGAGCGCCACCCGGCCGUCGGCACGGAGACCAGCUCGCGCAACAGCGAGGUCAUUCACGCCGGCAUCUACUACGGCCAUGACACCCUCAAGGCGACGCUGUGCCGCCGCGGCAAGGACCUGCUGUACGCCCUCUGCGACAGGCACGGCGUUGCCUACCGGAGGACGGGCAAGUGGCUCGUGGCGCAGAAUCCUGCGCAGAGAGAGGCCCUGGAGAGGAUCCACGCACUAUGCAAAGACGAGAUUGGGGUGCCUGUGAGGUGGGUGUCGCGCAAGGAGGUGGACGAGCGCGGCGAGGGCGUCAGGGCCGAGGCCGGCGCCCUGGAGAGCCCGACGACGGGCAUUAUCGACUCGCACGGCCUCAUGCUUUGCCUCAGGGGCCUCUUUGAAGAAGCUGGCGGCGUUGUCGCCUUGAACUCACCAGUGACGGACAUCCGACCUCUGUCUGGGGGAGCGUCUUCGCUGCCCGGCAGCGCGGGCUGGGAGGUUGACGUCUCGGACGGCCCUGGCGGCGACGUGUCCACCAUUACGGCCGAGACGCUUGUCAACACCGCUGGCCUCGGCGCCGUAGCCGUCCACAACAUGAUUGUGCCCCCUCCGCGGCACAGACGGCUCUACUACGCAAAGGGCAACUACUUCACCUACGCGGCCUCUCGCCCCAAGAUCUCCCGGCUGAUAUACCCGGCUCCUGAGCCCGGCGCCAGUGGUCUCGGGACUCACCUGACGCUUGACCUGGCCGGACGGAUCCGCUUCGGUCCGGACGUCGAGUGGGUGGACGAUCCGAACGACCUCACUGUGAAUGCCUCGCGGCUUCCGGAGGCUGUUGCCGAGAUUCAAAAGUACCUCCCGACUGUCGAUCCUGAAGCCCUGGUGCCGGAUUACGCUGGCAUGCGGCCUAAGCUUGCCCCCAAGGGAGCGGCGUCGGCAACGGACAAGAGCUUUCAGGACUUUUACAUCAAGAAGGAGGACGGAUACGAAGGAUGGGUCAAUCUCCUGGGUAUUGAGAGCCCUGGGUUGACAAGCAGUCUUGCCAUUGCCGAAAUGGUGCAACGGCUGUUAUAUGGCCAAGCGACCAGCUCAUAG